AUGGAGGCUGCGUUUGAUUUCCCUCUGGGCUCGUAUUCUGCGCUCAAUAAGACCUUCACCAAACUGCAUGUGGAGGUCGGGGGGAGGGCUGCGGCGGUCGGUAACAACAAGUCCUUGUUGGUGUUCAAUUUGGAAGAGCCCGUUGCCAAAGGGGCUCAUGCCCUAUGCCAGGAUGGGGACGAUCUACAGAAGCGUGGCAUCGUAUACCGGUACAAGGACGAGGCCAAGCGCCUGUUCGCCAUCAGGUUCAACCCUCAUCACAAUCGCAGGAUGCAUUUGGCGAGCGCGAAAGGACAGCUGGUUCAUAUCUGGAAUCUAGAGGAUAAAGAUGAUGCUUCAGGUUCUACUAGGGGGGUCACAACCCUACGCCAGAUGACGACCGCAAAUGUUAUGGACAUUUGCUGGUCGCGUUUCGAUGAAAACUUGCUGGCAGCGGGCGACUACUUGUGGGACACGAGGAACGCGAACCUUGUCCAAGCAUGGAAAGUACCGGGUGGUGACAGCCGGGUGUUGACAACCCAAGUCUCGUUCAACCGCAAGAAUCCCUACCUUCUUGCCUCUUCGCAAGUGAACCAAGUAUACAUCUGGGACAUGCGCAAGGGACAAAAACCGAUCGAUACGAUCCCAGUAUCCCUGCCAUCUGAACACGUAACUAGUCUGGACUGGAGUUCCGAAAGCUUGGACGCCGCAGGCCACUUGCGCUUGCACAACGUCGAAAAGCUAGACUUCGAAAGCCCCGGCAAGGAUUUGCCAGCCGGCGAUUCUUCGGGUGGGAGGGACUACGGAUCAACAGCAGGCUCGGAAUCACUGGAGACCUCUGCCACGUCGAAGGCUCCUGUUAUUCGAAAGGAAAUCCUUCCGGUGGUGUGGAGUUUAUCGGAACCGCAGAAUGCCGCGCCGUUCAAGAUGGCGAUUGAAACCACCUCAGAUAUCCCUGUCAGGGAGCUUGUCCAGGUUGAGAACAUCGCCCGUCGCGGUGGGUUCGGGUCUGUGCGAGGCGUGGACCUACAGGUGGCGCGAAAAUGCAUAAGCUUGGUCAUGGCUGCAACAGCGGAAGCUACACGGCCACCGAGUGCUCACGAGGCGGAGGCACUUGCAAUACGCGACCGUCGAGAUCGUGAGCCGGGAACGGAGGACGCGCCGCACACACCGGGGAGGACGUACCUAGUAAACUCUUGGCUUCGAGUGACAGCCAGGGUUCAACCAGCGCACUGGUCGAGAGAGGCGAACGCGAUAGUCGACCUGGCGGCGGAACAAGGGCCUGUAUUCUCUGCACCCCAUGACCUUGCCACAGUCGUGUGCGAAGACCCGCUCGAUGAAGCGACCGUGAAGCGAGUGCAAGCGGCCGCAGAGGAAGUUAUGCACCAGCCGCUCAAGACGGGGAAGUCCCGGUUGGAGGCUUGCCUCGCCCGAGUGAGACGUGAUCUUGACGCGUGUGUCAGGGAUGCCGCCAACCAGGCAGCAGGAGUCGUCGAGGGAGACGAAUCUCUUUCCCAGCGUGGGCUGCAGAACGGCGUCGACGGUAGUGCCGAGGGGAUGCUUGCCAACCCUGAGUCGCGUGCGUCUCUGUCGGACGACGAGAACAUUCCUUGCCCGCGGAGAUUCGGAGCGACCUUUGCGGCCAAUGGAACGCUCGUCGUGUUUUGUUCGUCGACGAAAGCUGUUCGGGCGGGACGCAAGCACGCGGAAGGCAACAGCCAGCAGGUCUACACGUAUCCGCGCACUUAUGGUUGUUUCAAGAAGAGCCUGGACGAGGCCCUAGACAACGAUGGCGACGAGACCAGCCGGGGCGGCGCGAGUCAACAGCCUCACCGGUCUCUCGUUGCUGACAACGGCCACAGCUGGUUCAGGCCGGCUUGGGGAGACGAGCUGGACGACGCUAGUGAAUAUCACGACGACGACACGUACGACUUGGACAGGAGUAGUACGGAGGAGGUCUUCGUCGAAGAGGACAGCGAGGCCUCGAAGUCAGAUGCUGCCAUCACUGACACAACUCGCCUUCCCAUCAGCCAUCCCGACCAUAGCCUAGGAGCGGGCCUAGGGCCACCGUCGGAACGCGACGGCGAUGAAAGGCAGUCAGAAGACGAUCCCGCUGGUGCCGCUGACAUGGACGUUGAGGGAGAAUUGCCGUGGACGCCUAAGUUUGACAAGGUGUUUUUGUUGGACUGUACCGGUUUUCUCCCCGGAUCACCUUUCUUGGCGGCAUUCUACAAGCUAGGUCCGGUUCGACAGGCCGCAGCGCACGUUCAAAGUACCGUCACCUCACCGUUCUCGAGCGGCGAGAGAGACCGGCGGCAAGAAAAAGGCGAACAGCCGUACUUCGUACAGUGUUCUGAUACGUCGGUGUCUUCGGGAGGCCGCUCGCGUCGAAAUUCGCUUAUGUCCGGCUUGGGUAUUUCGAGCGGGAUGCCUCCUCCAAUCUCCGUGCCGCAGCGAGGGCCGUCCGCUACGCUGGAGAACACCGUGAGGAGCGGGGGGCCAGGGCGGAGGCCGAGCAUGGACGGAGGGCAGGUGUCCGAGCUUGAACAUGUGGCUGAGCUACCCCUCGAUGGGCCUAGCGUGAACGUCACACCGCCCAGGGCCAUCCCGGGGGCUGGCGGGGAGUCGGGGGUCUUAUCUCCUGGAGCGACGAUGAAACCAUCCUCUGCACAUGGUCAUAGGACGCGCCAACGACUUGGCAAAAGAAGACAACACCAACAGUUUGCCAGAAGCCCGGCCUCGAGCGUUGAUUUCGACGCACUCUAUCUCCGGCUGGGAACGUUGGCUCCGACAAGUCCAGCAGACACGGUAGGUCCUGCGUCGACGUCCCCACCCAUGAGUGACUUCGGCAUGGACCUUGGCCAGUCCUCCGCUUCUCAUGGCCAGGCUACCGUGAACCGAAGCAGGAGCUUCAGCGCGGGUACGUCUCUCCUGUUUGGAGAGCGUGUCGGAGACGGUCAACUCGCCGCACAACUCGGGCUAAGCGGGAGGGGUCACCAUUCUUCUACGGACAGCCCGACUGCCUUUCACGCUGCCGGGGUCGGUGUCCGUCCUAGGAGCCUUAGAGGUGACCCCAGCAGUUGUAUGGCAAUCGCGGAGGAGGACAAGGUGGAGAUUCCGACAGUAGGGCAGCUAUGCAGACACAACGUGCGAGUGGCUGCUGCGAGAAACUGCGCGGAGUUGGCCAGUGUUUGGGCACUAUUGGCUGAAGCUGCCGCCAGAGGAGAAUCUGCAAGGAGGGAAAACUCAGGCCUUGGGAGUUUGCUUGAUGCGAGGCGCCUCCCUCGGUGGGAAACGUCAAGCUCCCUGCUGACCUCCAGGAUUUUGACCCACCACGAGAGCUGUGCAGACCCGCAGACGCUGGCAUCCGUUGCCUCCGUUGUGGGGUCCGGUAGCCGGGACGGCGGCUGCGCUGGCGGUUUACCGCAGGGGGGAGACCAUACGGCUUCGUGCGACCGGUACAUUGAAAGCUAUGCGGAGCGGUGUUGCCAGUGGGGCGCGGAAGGCGAAAGGGCUGAGACCGUAAGCCACCAGACAGAGCCGUGCGACCACCCUGCGAGUGGCGUGCAGCACGUUGGGGCGCGACACCCGCACGAUACGGCGAAUCCCGUCUGCUCGGUUUGUGGCACACUUGUUCGCGGCAGGCCUCUUUUGUGCCCUCGGUGUGGCCAUGGAGGGCAUUCGAAGCACAUUGCGGAGUGGUUCGAGCUGGAACGAGAGUGCCCAGCUUGCGAUUGCCGUUGCUGGGAAGAGAUCUGCUGA